GUAUCGACAUUCCACAAUAUGUCGAGUGCCCUGCUGAAUUGUUCAACCUUUUAACCAAACCUUGAUCAAAGUCCAUAGGAAUAGAUUGCACCUAGAAAAGAGAACAUUCAUAGAUUCACUAGCAACUGAACCGGCCAGAGUUUGAUAUUUUGCUGCUUUAGGUCAUUCAAACACCAAGUGAUGGCAGCUGAAAUUCAGCCUCGGCUUUGCAAACUGUCCAAAAAGGAAGGUGAAAGCUUUGGCUUUUACUUAAGGAUAGAGAAAGACAUAGAGGGCCACCUGAUCCGUUCUGUGGUGACAGGAAGUCCAGCUGACAAUGUUGGACUGAAAGAUGGAGAUCGAGUCAUCAGGGUCAACACGGUUUUUGUGGAUGGUGAAGAACAUCAAAAGGUGGUAGAUUUGAUUAAAACGUCUGGAAAUUGUGUUACCUUUCUGAUACUGGAUGACACCACUUACACACAUGCCAAAAAGCAAGGUAUUAAUCUGUCUCAAGUGAACAUUCCUAAUCCCACCCCAGUCCAGCCCGUGCUGAAUGGAGUCAGCGGAAAAACGCCACGGCCCAAGCUGUGCUACUUGGUGAAACAAGGUUCAAGCUUUGGAUUUUCAUUGAAGACCGUCGAAGGAGUCCCUGGUCUGUUCAUGACUGAGAUCACCCCUGUUGGUGCUGCUUUCAAUGCUGGAGUUGAACCCAAUGACCGAAUAAUUGAACUAAAUGGAGAAAAUGUUGAAAAUGUCUCUCAUCCACAAAUGAUUACUAAGAUGAAAGCUUCAGGGAACAAAAUCAUGUUGCUUCUGAUUGAUGAGACCUCAGACAAAUACUUCAAAAGCAAAAUGAUUAAAGUUGUGGCAUCGAUGGCAAGUGUGAAAGGACUGCCUCACAAACCACGGAUGGCACAGCUAACCAAGGAACCUCAAGGCUAUGGUUUCUCCUUGAGAGUCGAACAAGAACAAAAGGGUCAUUUAAUCAGGGAGAUUGACCAAAACAGUCCAGCAAGAAAAUCUGGACUACUUGAUGGUGAUCUUCUGAUUGCUGUGAAUGGGGAUGUCGUUGAGCAUCUGGAUCAUGAAUCAUUAGUUGAUAAGAUAAGGAAGUGUGGGAACCAGGUCACGUUCCUUGUUGUCGAUAGUCCAACAAAUGAGCUUUACAAACAGGCUGGCAUUUCUCCAAUCUGCUACUGGAAAGAGGUUUAUGAAUCAGAUCCACCAGUGGAAGGUGAGGAGUCACAGGAGAACCAGAGAUCAACAGAAAGUCCUCAACAUGGUCCCAGAUUGUGUCACCUAACCAAAGGUCCAGAAGGAUAUGGCUUCAUUCUCAAUGCAAUCAAGGGUGUGCAAGGACAGUUUAUUAAACAGAUUAUUAAAGACAGCACAGCUGAAGAGGCAGGCCUGCAAGUGAAUGACAUAUUGAUUGAAGUGAACGGCAUCAAUGUGGAGACAGAUACACAUGAAGAAUUGAUAGAAAAAAUCAAGAUCAGUGAUGAUAAGCUGAGUAUGCUGGUGAUUAGAAAGGAAGAGUAUGAUCAUUACAAAGAAACAAACACCCCAACUUCAGCAAAUGCAAUCCGAGUGCCAACGCCUGAGCCAGUUACUCCUCCUGAGAAUACAGAGGAGGAAAGCACGCCUGAAGAACCAGAAACUCAGGAACCAGCAGCUGACAGUCCUGCCCUGGAAAGGAAGGAGCAGACCACGUCGUCACCCUCAUUAUCGGCUGAAGAGGACACAGAUGAUGAUACACAAUUGUAACAAAAUCUCAGAGGAGCAACAUAAUCAACAUCUUAGCAGCUUUUAUGAACUGGAAUGAUCAGCAAUGGUUUAUGGCUUGACUCAGAUUUACCAAUCAAACUUUGUUUCUCAUUAUAGUAAGUUUCCCAGAGGUGUUUCAAAAUCAGGAUUCCUAAAUAUUAUCUUUAAAAUUCAGUCGAAGAAUCCUAUAGUACUUGUGGUGACCACUCCGCCAUUGUGCUUGUGCUGGGUCAUUGAAUGCUAUCCAAAUUAAUUCCACUCCCCUGCCCUUUCCUCUUGACCUAUAUCAUUUUGCCCUCUUCAUUUAUCUGUCCAAUUCUCUUUGGAAAGUUAUUAUUGAAUCUACUUCCACUGUCCUUUCAGGUAGAUCAUUUCAAAUCUUAACUCACUCUUAUUUCAAGUCACCUCUGGUCCUUUUGCCGAUCACCUCAGAUCUGUCUUCACCAGCUACAAUUGCCCUGUCAGUGGAUUAAAUCACCCCUUAACUUUUUCGACUUUAAGGAGAACAAAUAUUUAGAAUAGAACAUUUAUUAUGAAUCAAAGUCUGUAACAAAGAUAUUUUCAUAAGAAAUGUUACUUAAUGUGGACAUCAAUUUGUUUGAAUUUCAAUUCAUGAAAAUAAGCUUUAUUGUAGAUGAGUGUGCAGUGCACAUAAUCGGUAAUGACAGGUUGAUUGGCCUUUUCUGUUGUAACUAUUCAAUGAUUCUAUAAUAUGAUUUCAUUUAUUAUUUGCAUUAGCACCUAUUUUGCAGAACUCAUCAUAAAUGGACCAUUACCUAGAAUAUUAGGUUUAAAAGUCACUUACCCGAUUUCUGGCGAGCUGAACAAAAGAAUAGGCAUCUUGGGUUAGGGCGAGAAAGAAGACUUGGUAUUGAAGAUACCUUAUUGAAUAAUGGAACAAAAUCGGAAGGCUGACUUGUUCACUCCUGAUGCUAUUUUCCAAAGGAGGACCCCUGGAACUCAUAUGCAUCUCCUGCUUUCAACCACCACUAAAACAAGCUGCGUUUAUGUAACACCUUUAACAAAACAAAACGUUCCAAGGAGUUUCACAAGGGAAUUAAAAUUAUUAAAUUUCAAA